AUGCACGCGCUCUCGCUUUCUAUCGCAUCACCGCGCUUUCAUGCGCAUCUUCUUCACGCUUCUUCCAUCCAAAGUCCUCACUUUCAACUGGAGCCCACCGCAAGGGACACUUCUGAGAAAACUGGCAGGGUACUCAGGCCCACAAGUCAUCGCAGAACCAGAGAAGAAGCCAUAGCCGCCUUCGACAAAGCUGCCACCACCGUCAAACCUGGCCCUCUAUUCAUACCAGUGUCACACAACUGUGCGCGAAAUGUGUCAGAGCCACCACACCCCAACCUAACGCUAUUCAACUACACCAGACGCCCAGUAUCGCCCAUCACGCCCUCACCUAAAGACUCAGCAAAGGAGGAAUUGUCUGACGAUUUCGACAUGAUCAAUGACCCUAGGAGCCAACUCCCUGGAGCAUUUCUCAACACGCCACAGCAGCAUAUUUCUUCUACCCUCUCUUUGCUUAGCGAGCUAACCUCCCUCAGCGAAAACAUGCCUGCCGCAUCAACAUCCACUCCUGCAAACACACACCCUAUCCAUGAGGUGCUACCCAUCAAACAAGAAGAGUUUGAAACACUCCACACGCCAAGCUCGAUCCCUGGUGGCAUAAUAGUAGGUAACCUACCACACAAGUACGAACCACAACCCUCCAGCACACCAACCCCCAUCACCACUGCAAAUCAGCAACCAAUAAUGGCUACAUUGUAUAAAAUGCCCAUACAUGGGACUAACAAGGCACCAAAAUUCAACAGGACUAUGGAGAAUCUUGUAGAUUUCAUCAACAUCUACAAAGGACAUGCCAAUGAAGCAGGCCUCUGCGGGCUUGACUGCAUCAAAGGUAUCAUUCGCUACCUACCCCUGAGCAAAUGGGAGCUAUGGGGCGGGUUACCCGAAGUGAGCCUUAGCGAUUACAAGGCAUUUAUCAAAGAAGUCAAGGUAAUGUACCCCAGCUGUGAAGGCCCUAAGUACUACAUGCUCAAUGACCUUCAGGCAGUUGCGUGCGAUCACAUGAGUAAGCUGAUGCCCUUGGCCAAAGAAUUGAGCAAUUAUCUUCGAUGCAGCCAAGGCCAGGAAGCCAAAAAGGAGCGCGAAGCGCUCCGUUUGCUUCCUGUGCCGAAGGCACAACGGGUGUGA